AUGAACAGCUCAGAUCAACACCCUUCAAGUCGAGAUGGUAGUGUUCCUCUUCAAGUUCCUGGCGUUACCAGAACAUAUCAUCCUAAUAUCAAUGGGAGAAUUUGCGACGAACAUGGAGAUGACAUACCACCGAAUACUCCGCCACCUCUGCAUCCAUCAAAUCAUGGACCAGACAACUGGACACCAUAUGCUAAUCAAGUCGAAUUCGAAGUUGCAGACUUCCUCUACCGUCGCAACAAGAUGUUGGGGGGCGAUAUCGACUUUAUAUUCAAUCUGUGGGCCGCCUCAUUAGCGGCUCAUGGCGAAACACCGCCCUUCGCAAACCACAUUGAGAUGUACAAUGCCAUUGAUUUGAUGCCUCUAGGUGAUGUCGCCUGGCAAAGUUUUACCUCAGAAUAUAAUGGUGCUCUGCCUGAAGGUGAUGUUCCGACAUGGAUGACAUUGGAGUAUGAUGUGUGGUUUUGA